AUGAAUAAGUGGCGAUUACUGUUAUUAUCAAUUUUUGGCCUGUUACAUAUAACAACAUCAGAGAGCGAUUUUUUUGAUGGAAGGUACGGAUGCUAUGCUUAUUCGCCACGUUACCUGCCUUCAGAUACCAGCUUCUCUGCAUAUGAAACUAAUCGAGAACACCGAUUUUUACCUGAAAUACCACUGAAUCCACCUAAAAAAUAUCCAACUUUUAAUGUGCGAGACACCGAGAUAGUUUGGCUAUCAAGACGACGGCAAAUUAGGGAUAUAAAACAACAUUCCCGAGACAAUGAAAUUCGUCAAGCUGUCGGAGGACAGCGUAACAGAAUUUCAACCAGCCCUUCAGAUCAUAUACGAAAUAAAAGAGAAUACUUCGUUGUAAGUUCUUACGAACGCAGCAAUGAUUUACGGAGUAACCUUCGUCAUAACAGGCUUGUUAGAGAUCGUGAUACAGAAUACCAAAGAAGUAUCCGAACGACCUCUUCAUCUCGCGAUAAUUAUAGAAAACAAUAUGCCACUAGAACUCAUUUUGAAAACAGAGAUGUAAGCCGAUAUAAUAAUAACGACCGUCAUAUGCUAAAUGCUCAUAAUAAUAAUAAAGAUGAAACUCAGCGCAAAUUCUCCGAAUAUGACGCACUUAGUACACGACGUAAUAGUAACAGAAACGAUAUGAGAAAUGGCGAUAUUUACGAAGAACCUGAUCAACGCAAUUUAAGAAUAAUAAGAUCUGAUCGACCCAAUGAUAAUGAUAAAUUAUCAAAAGAUCGCAACAGUAGACUUGGAAUACAGCGAGACUUAUACGAAGAUCGUUUUCAAAGGGAGUCGAGAAACAGUCAAAGAAAUAAUGUAAGAAGCCUCGAUAGACUGCACUUUAGCCAAACCAACAUACGUUCAUUGGUUCGAGAUAUUGAAAAUUCACGCACAAAAAGCGAUCGGCAUCAACCUUUUGUUCAAGUUGAUAUAAAUGGCGAAAGAAAAAAUAGAUUAAGAAGUAAGCGUAGUUCCUCUGAAGAAUCGUAUUUAUUACGAGAGGAUCAAAAUAAUGCUAGACCUGUAAUUGACAAAAGGAAUGUAAAUUACAAUUCCAGAUCUACUAGGGACACAAAUGUAAAUAAAACGUUGGAAAACAGGCAAGUAAGAAAAAACGUUGGACCUAAAAUAAAUCGUGUAAAUAUGAAUACCAGAUCGGAAGCGAAUUCACGCGAAGUACUUAUGUCUAGAUUUGACAGAAGGAAUGUAAAUUUCAAUGCCAGAUCUACUAGGGACACAAAUGUAAAAGAUACGUCGGAAAACAGAGAAGUAAGAAAUAGCGUUGGACCUAAAAUAAAUCGUGUAAACAUGAAUACCAGAUUGGAAGCGAAGGAACGUGAAGUAAUUGUAUCUAGAUUUGACAGAAGGAAUGUACAUUACAAUGCCAGAUCUACUAGGGACACAAAUGAAAAAGAUCGUGUAAACAUGAAUACUAGAUUGGACAUGAGGGAACGCGAAACAUCUGUGUCUAGAUUUGACAGAAGGAAUGUAAAUUUCAAUGCCAGAUCUACUAGGGACACAAAUGUAAAAGAUACGUCGGAAAACAGAGAAGUAAGAAAUAGCGUUGGACCUAAAAUGAAUCGUGUAAACAUGAAUACUAGAUUGGACAUGAGGGAACGCGAAACAUCUGUGUCUAGAUUUGACAGAAGGAAUGUACAUUACAAUGCCAGAUCUACUAGGGAGACAAAUGAAAAAGAUACGUCAGAAAACAGGGAAGUAAGAAAUAACGUUGGACCUAAAAUGAAUCGUGUAAACAUGAAUACCAGAUUGGACAUGAGGGAACGCGAAACAUCUGUGUCUAGAUUUGACAGAAGGAAUGUAAAUUUCAAUGCCAGAUCUACUAAGGACACAAAUGUAAAAGAUACGUCGGAAAACAGAGAAGUAAGAAAUAGCGUUGGACCUAAAAUGAAUCGUGUAAACAUGAAUACUAGAUUGGACAUGAGGGAACGCGAAACAUCUGUGUCUAGAUUUGACAGAAGGAAUGUACAUUACAAUGCCAGAUCUACUAGGGACACAAAUGAAAAAGAUACGUCAGAAAACAGGGAAGUAAGAAAUAACGUUGGACCUAAAAUGAAUCGUGUAAACAUGAAUACCAGAUUGGACAUGAGGGAACGCGAAACAUCUGUGUCUAGAUUUGACAGAAGGAAUGUAAAUUUCAAUGCCAGAUCUACUAGGGACACAAAUGUAAAAGAUACGUCAGAAAACAGGGAAGUAAGAAAUAGCGUGGGACCUAAAAUGAAUCGUGUAAACAUGAAUACCAGAUUGGACAUGAGGGAACGCGAAACAUCUGUGUCUAGAUUUGACAGAAGGAAUGUACAUUACAAUGCCAGAUCUACUAGGGACACAAAUGAAAAAGAUACGUCAGAAAACAGGGAAGUAAGAAAUAACGUUGGACCUAAAAUGAAUCGUAUAAACAUGAAUACCAAAUUGGAAGCGAAUGAACGUGAAGUACUUGUUUCUAGAUUCGACAGAAGGAAUGUAAAUUUCAAUGCCAGAUCUACUAGGGACACAAAUGUAAAAGAUACGUCGGAAAACAGAGAAGUAAGAAAUAGCGUUGGACCUAAAAUAAAUCGUGUAAACAUGAAUACCAGAUUGGAAGCGAAGGAACGUGAAAUCUACUAG